AUGCAGAAAUUUAUCAUUGGUUUUCUUUUUUCUUUAGAUUCUGUCUUUGCUCGCUUUCCUAUACAUUUGCAAGUGCAUUCGAAUUUUUAUUUUGCUAAGAAAUUGCAAACACCUUCUGAACAGGUUUUGGAGCCGCAUUUUCAUGGAGAUUCAGUAUGCACUGAUAUACUUGAGAAUAAUAAAUUCAGUCCUGAAUUGAUCAAAUGUCUCAAGCAAAUUGCAAAAGAUUCAUAUUGUGGAGGAAGUUAUGAUGCUAAAUGCCUAUGUGAUUCGGACCACUUUGUUUUCUCUACUGGAUAUGUUAAAACUUAUGCUGAUUGCUUUCGAAAAUUCACUUAUGAGGAACACUAUAACUUUUUUUCUUAUUUUCAAGAACUUUGUUCAAAAACUACAUCAUUUAAUAAGGAAUGUUUAAAGCUUAAUUCGCCACCGAAACCUAUUCCGUGUCCAGAUCCAUAUAGAGGCAUGGACUGGGGUGAAAAUGUCCUUAAUUGCCUUUUAAAGGAAUUAGAAAGAUCAAACUGUAAAAAACCUUAUGAUGCACAUUGCCUUUGUGAUUCCCAGUCUCAUUGGCUCGGUGUUAAUAAAUGCCUUGCAACUGCUGAAAUUAAUAGACUGUUUAUGGCUCAACAUAUUCGGAAAUCACUUUGUCAUGAUCCAUUGUCUUUAUCUGGAUGUUCAGGUAUAGAUAAGGAAUCACAGCAAUGCCCUGGUGUUUUUGAAGAUGAAAAACUGGAUGGCAAUCUUAAAAUUUGUUUAGAAAAUAUUACUAAAAGUACAUAUUGUGGUGGAAGUGAAGAUCCUGUUUGUUUAUGUGACUCAAAAUUUUUUGAAAAAUCUACAAGUGAUUUAAAAAAUUAUCCAAAGUGUUUUAGUGAACUGGAUCAUGAGAUUCGCUUAUCUUUUUUAUCUUUUAAACACGAUAUUUGUCAGAACCCUAAAUCGCCAUCUAAUUGUAAAAUAAAAAUAAAAUCUUUUCAUAGUAAUACAGUCUUUUACGAGUUAUAUAAAGGUUUACAGCUUGAUGAAACUCUUAAAAAAUGCAUGUACAAAGCUGCAGUGGAGUCUUUUUGUAAAGCACCUUAUAAAGCAUUAUGUCUUUGCGAUUCAAAGUCUUAUUGGGAUGGAAUUCAAAAAUGUAUUUCUCAUUCUAAUGCUGAAAAACAUGAGUUAGUUAAUAGUUAUUUGAAAUCUGUUUGUGAAAAUCCUGAUUCCGUUGCCGGUUCUAUUAAAGAAGAUCAAUUAUUGUCUACAUGUAAAGACGUUUAUGAGGGUAGCAAAUUUAGUGAUAAAUUAAAACAGUGUUUACGAAAGAUUGCAGAAGAAACACGUUGUGGAGGGAGCUAUGAUCCUGUGUGUCUUUGUGAUUCUAUUCAUUAUUUUGAUUCAACAAUGUACGUUAGUACAUAUGCUGACUGUUUUCUUCUGUUUACUGUUAAUGAACAUCUUGAAUAUAGCGAUCAUUAUCGUUCUAUGUGUAAAAAUCCUCAGUUACCACAUGCUCAGUGUAUUGGACUUCGGAAUCCUCCUCCUGUAUUAUAUACAUGUUCCGACAUAUUUAAAAAAAUGAAACUUCCUGAUUCUAUCAAAGAAUGCUUAAACAGAGCAUUGAAAAAAGCACCGUGUGACCAGCCUUAUGAUUCAUUAUGUUUAUGUGAUUCGUUAUCUUUUUGGAAUGAUAUCAAUACAUGUAUGAUUACCUCGGAUAGUGAAGAGUUUAAAGCGAUAAGAGAGUUUCACUUUAUUUUGUGUCAAAAUCCUAAAACAAUUCCUGGAUGUGAAAGCGCUAUUUCUGCUAUAUAA